AGUCGUGUCCACUUUCCCGUCUCCGCCGGCGUUUCCUUUACUGGCUGAUGUUACCGCGGGAGACACGGGUGGUCCAGCCUCAGAGAGAUCGCUUCCGCUGAUACAAAAGCCUGGGAAGUCCCCGCGCCUCCUGAGCCGGGGGGCCAUCGGGAGCCGGCCGCUUGUGAACACCGUGGCUUCCCGGGCAGAAUUUCGGUGCCUUUCCUGCUGGAUCACCUCAGGAAAAGAGAGGCUCACGAGGCUCUCCUCAGCCUCGCUUAGAGGUCUAAAUGGCCCUUGGAAACAGAAAGAAGAAUCUUCUGUUGGUUUUACUCCAGAUCAGACUGGCCCUCAGUUGUCUAAGAUAGUGUUGGUGGUGUGUCCAGUGCUGGAGCAGAAUUGUCCCUAGGUCAGAAUGAUGACAGUAGAUCUGCAGGUGAGUAAACACUUGAACCCUCAGAUCAGGGCUCUGAGGGAGACCAAGGGACCUGUGACAGAGAGCUCCAGUCAGCAUAAGAAAUGUGCCCCACAGGCUGACAGUCUCGGUCCUGAGAGGUCUCACCAGUACUUCCUCUGUCAUGACACACCUGGACCCUGGGAGGUUGUUGACCAGCUUCAGGAAUCAUGCCAUCAGUGGCUGAGGCCAGAGAUUCAUUCAAAAGAGCAGAUCUUGGAACUUGUGGUGCAAGAGCAGUUCCUGACCAUCCUGCCCAGGGACACCCAGACCUGGGUAAAGAAGCACCAUCCACGGAGCAUCGAGGAGGCUGUGGUCCUGGUAGAACACUUGCAGAGGGAAUGUGGUCAAACGAGGAAUGGGGUUGCGGUCCGUGAACUGGGGAAGGAGGCAGUGCUCUUGGGAGAAACAGCAGAGGCCCUUGGCUUCAAGCUGAAGCCAGCAGAGGCCCAGCCAGUGGGCAUGUCCCAAGAUGGAGAAGUUUGGAAUACACCCCAGGGUCUACAAGAGCCGCUGAGCAAGAAUACCCAGACAGAAACUGAACCAGUAUAUGAGAGGGCGAUGCCUGCUCACCAGAUCCUAACCUUUCCUGAGCAGACAAACACCAAAGACUGGACAGUGGCAUCUGAGCUCGUCUUGCCUGAAUACCAGAGCUUGUUGACGUUUGAAGAAGUGGCCAUAUAUUUUUCCCAGGAAGAAUGGGAGUUAUUGGAUCCCACUCAGAAGGCCCUCUACAAUGAUGUAAUGCAAGAAAACUAUGAGAAUGUCAUCUCUCUAGCAUUAUUUGUGCUCCCCAAGCCUAAAGUGAUCUCCUGCUUAGAGCAAGGGCAAGAGCCAUGGAUCCCCAGUGUUCAAGGAUCCCCAGUUUUCAAAGACAAUCCCGGAGAGCUGCUUUCAGAGAUAAAGCUGAAAAAUGACACUGAAAAUCAUCAACCUAUAUGUCUUUCUGACUUAGAAAUACAAGCACCAGGAAACAUAGUGUCAAAAAAAGCCAGUGUGAAUGUUCAUCAGAAAACAACAGGCAAAGAAAAUCAUGGUGAUAUGCAUGGGUUGGGGAAAUGGCCCCAAGAUUUGCCAGUGAAGGAAAGAAAGAAGCUUUCAAACUGGUGGGAAGAAGAGCUGCUGAAACUUAUGGAGCUUCACAAGAAAGAACGUGCAGGAGAGAAGCCUUUUAAAUGUCAGGAAUGUGGGAAAAGCUUCAGAGUUAGCUCUGACCUUAUUAAGCACCAAAGAAUUCACACUGAAGAAAAACCGUAUAAAUGUCAACAGUGUGAUAAGAGGUUUAGAUGGAAGUCAGAUGUUAAUAAGCACUUAACAACACACCAAGGAAUAAAACCAUAUAAAUGCUCAUGGUGUGGGAAAAGCUUCAGUCAAAAUUCACAUCUCCACACACACCAAAGAACUCACACUGGAGAGAAGCCCUUUACAUGUCAUGAAUGUGGAAAAAAAUUCAGUCAAAAUUCCCACCUUAUUAAACACCGGAGAACCCAUCUGUAGCAUAUGCAGGAGAAGCUUCAGCAAGUGCUCAAGACUUUGACACCAGAAACCUUGAUACCAGUGAUGGAAAGUUUGUCCAGUGUCCUUAGUCUAAAGAAAUAUACCAAGCAGAGCUUGACCCUAAAGUUUAUGAAAAAAAUGCAAAAUUAAGAGUCAUGAAGAAUUUUUCACCAGUGGAAAAUAUGGGGAUGUAAACAUGUUUCACAGAAAGGAAUCAGGGUUGACUGUGGAGGGGAAAUGUUAGUAAUUAUACUACUGACUGUUUUUGCUUAGAACUUUCACUGAAUUCCUUAGCAAAAAAGAUGUUCUAAGAACAUUCUGAGUAAGGGAAAAAGCUGUUUUGGGAUUGUACCUGGCAAAAUAGCAAAAUUUGCUUCAAAAUAGCAGAUGCAGUCAUGAAUCAUCAGUCUUCAGUGGUAACAGAGGUAAAUAUUGUUGGUUUGCAUUGAUCUCCCCAGCCAUUCUUAAGCACAUAUAAUAGAAACGUUUGUAGCAUUAUCUUCCAAAACAAAAAUCAGUAAUGUACGUGCUUCAUUACAUAUCAUUGUCUUCAAGGUAGCUGACUCACCAAUUUCAGUAGUCUGAUGGGGCAGAAAUGAAUUCUAAUAUAAAGUUUUCCAAGAACUAAAUUGGAAUUUCUUACUCCAUAUGUCAUUGGACAGUGUUCACACAGUUGACCUUGUUUUGAGUUCCUUCUUGAACAUUUGAGCAACUAUAUCUUGAGUCCUGUUAGCACACUUUUUACUGUGAUGAAAUCAUUUACUUCACUGGUAGAGAAUCUGCCAGGUGAACUAAUAUUGCACUAUCUUAUACCUCGCAUUGGUUGUGUUUGAAAAAAGGAGAAUAUCUCUAAUGAGAUCAUGUAGACAAUGGGUUGGAAUUUUUAGCCAUUUAGUAUAUUUUAGAUGAAAAGAAGAAAUUUCUGCAAUAAAGUGGAGUCCUUACCUCACAAUGCCAAUAGAAUAAAACAGCCAUAAACUUUAGCACUUUUCUGAGGUUCAUGGAAAUUAAUGGGAAUUCAGGAUCAACUUCUCAGGUUUUUGUCUGUUUACAUUUUAACUUGGCUUUUGUUUGUUAUUAAGGACAAGGAGAGAGUUAUGUUUGGGAAUUGGAGUGAGCGCAGUAGGGAGGAUCCU